GACGGAAGCGCCAGGCCGGCGUUUGCUGCUUGCGGCUUUCGGGCUCACACGUGGGUGGUUUUCGGUGUUCCGGCUCUCAAUUCAUUCCUUUUGGCGUGGACAAGCCUCAUUGAAGGACAGAGUGGCCGCAAAGGCCAAGGGUCGUGAGCUGAUGAAUAUUGCUGUUGAAAAUGAAGAGACAAUGGGAGGAGGUCUGCAGAGUGGAGCGGAGGGGUCGCGGCUACGGCUCAAGUCCGGUAGGGAGAGAGUCGGGGGCACAGCCGAGACGGAGGCCGGCCGUGUAGAGGCGGGGAACGGAUUGACAGGAAUGGGGAAGACAGAGGAUAGAGAAGGAACUGGGCAAAGGGUAGAGGAAAUGCGAGUGGACCUAACGGUUGUGAAGCAAGAAGUUACCGACUGGUCAGAAAUGGAAGAAGGGAUGCUGGAUGGCCGAUGGGUAAAGCAGGAGGUAGAGGAUGGACCUAAGGUGAAAGAGGAGAAACCAGGCACUUUGGAAGUGAAGCAAGAGAUGGAUAGUAGUUUUGUGGUAAAAGAAGAGAAGGUGAACGAAACAGAUGUAAAGGAAGAGAAAGUGAAGGUGAAGGAAGAGGUGAUGGACUGGCUAGAUGUGAAGGAAGAGAAGAAAGCUACCAUGGAGAUAAAAGAGGAGGUGUUUGUUGGUCAGAACAUAAAAAAGGAGGAAAUGAUGGAUGAAAUGUGUGUAAAAGAAGAGAAGUAUUUUCCAAAAGAAGAAGUGAUGGAUGAUACAAAGAUGAAAGAAGAACCUCACAUAAAUCCCCCAGUGGGCUUCAAGCGGAAACUGGCCAUGUCCAGGUGUGAAACUUGUGGUACAGAAGAAGCAAAGUACAAAUGUCCACGUUGUAUGCGAUAUUCCUGCAGUUUGCCCUGUGUAAAGAAACACAAAGCAGAACUGACAUGUAAUGGAGUUCGAGAUAAAACUGCAUAUGUUUCCAUACAACAGUUUACUGAAAUGAAUCUGCUUAGUGAUUAUCGAUUUUUGGAAGAUGUGGCAAGAACAGCAGACUACAUUUCUAGAGAUGCUUUCUUAAAAAGACCAAUAAGCAAUAAACAUAUGUAUUUUAUGAAAAAUCGUGCUAGAAAACAAGGUAUUAAUUUAAAGCUUCUACCCAACGGAUUCACAAAGAGGAAAGAAAAUUCAACAUUUUUUGAUAAGAAAAAACAGCAGUUUUGUUGGCAUGUGAAGCUCCAAUUUCCUCAGAGUCAAGCUGUGUACAUAGAAAAAAGAGUACCAGAUGAUAAAACUAUUAAUGAAAUCCUAAAACCUUACAUUGAUCCUGAAAAGGCUGAUCCUGUAAUUCGUCAAAGGUUGAAAGCCUACAUUCGCUCUCAGACUGGGGUCCAAAUUUUAAUGAAGGUUGAAUAUAUGCAGCAAAAUUUAGUAAGAUAUUACGAACUGGAUCCUUAUAAAAGUCUCCGUGACAAUUUGAGGAACAAAGUGAUCAUUGAGUAUCCAACAUUACAUGUGGUAUUAAAAGAAUCCAGUAAUGACAUGGAAGUUCUUCACCAAGUGAAAAGUGAAUCUACCAAGAACAUUGGCAAUGAAAAUUGA